GCAUAAGCAAGCAAGACAAACACAAAUCAGUCAUCACUCGAUGCCCAUCUACAUUUCCGCUUAAAAACCAAACCACACCACACCCAGCGAGAGCACGAGUCGCGAAAUGGCAGAGUCAGCACUCCCACCACCACCCCCACCCACCCUUCCAAACCCUAACUACCCGGCCGAUUCUCCACCACCACCGCCGCCGCCGCCAGCUCCGACUCCCAUACUGAGCUGCUUGUCCUCCAAAAUUAAAAGGCCUUCGGUUCGUGUGACUUCGGAGUUCGACAGCGACUCGUCGGUCUUCUUCCACAAGGUGUCUUGCAAGCUGUUGGAUAGCCUGGCCAAGCUGAAGGUGUCGUUCAACAACGACCACAAGGGCGAGGUGUCUCCGCCUCACGUGUCAUUUAUCUCUCAGUACCUCUCCAUUCACUACAACUUCGAAGAUCAGUCUACCCUCCUCAACAGCUCCCUCGAUGUUGGUCCCAGAUUGCAAUUCCGUGCUUCCCAUGAUCUCAAGGCACAACAAGGAGAGGCGACUAUGGUUGCCAAGCUUGCUGAACCUGGAUAUGCAGUUCAACUCUCUUCUCCGUUCCCUUCUGCUGGUUUGCCAAAAGCUACCCUUAAAUUCCCCCUUGGUGAAGUUACUUUGGAGGAAAAAGAAGAGGAGGAGACUAACAAAAUGUUGUCUAUUAAUGGCAUUGUUAAAGGCCAACUUUUGAACGGGCUCUGCACUGCUCAAUAUUUGGAUGAGGAGUUGAAGUUACGAUACUCAUUCAAGGAUGAGGAGUUGUCUUUUAUCCCAUCUAUUUCUCUGCCUUCAAAUGCAUUGUCAUUUGCUUUUAAGCGUCGCUUCGGUCCUUCAGACAAGUUGAGUUAUUGGUACAAUUUUGAUUCCAACUACUGGAGUACGGUUUACAAGCACACAUAUGGCAAGGACCUAAAACUGAAAGCUGGUUAUGAUUCAGAGGUGCGUCUCGGCUGGGCAUCUCUUUGGGUUGGGGAUGAAGGUGGCAAAGCAAAGACAGCUCCAUUGAAGAUGAAAGUUCAAUUCAUGCUCCAAGUACCGCAAGAUGACAUUAGAUCAUCAGCCUUGAUGUUCCGUGUUAAAAAGAGAUGGGACAUAUAGUCUCGUUGUUGUAAAAUUGAUGUUGGUGUUCCAUUUUUCUCUUUAAUAUAUGACACAGUAUAGAUGUGAUACAACAUCUGUUAUUCUAACUAUGCGAUUGCUGUAUAACGGGAUCAAUUGUUUUAUAUUUAUCAGUUAAAUUGAUAUUUUGAUAGUCA